GCCUGCCCGUGACGUGAUCGCCCCACGCGAACACUCCGACGAGCCGCCCUAAUUUUGACGGGUUUCCCACUGCGCAUGCAUCCCUGCGGUUUCCGUAUUUCUCGAAAGGGUGGCAAUGGCACACUACGAAAGCGACUUUGAACCGCUCGAUGCAGAGAUUCCGGGCAAACAUGCUCAGGGAGCACAGUCAUCCGUGCGAGUGUUUGGAUUGAGAGGUUCGGAGUCUGAUAUCUAUGCUCCAUACAAGACGUCCAAGGUACAUUCCCGGACUGAACCUCCCGCGCUUUCGAAUAACGAGCAGAAAAGAGCCGCAUCCGGAAAGAAGCGGCGGAAACAUGUAGAAAAGCCAGUGGCCCGGGCGCCAGCAGUAGCUACGUCGUCGCGAUCAACAGUCCCCACCAACUUCGACGACAUUGCCAAGCUGGUCGCUGUCAUCGAUGAACAGCGAGUGACUAUCGCGAAACUGAAAGAUGAGCUGCGAACGUCUAGAAUCGUGGCUCAAAGGCAGGAGAAAGCUAUUCAGCAGUUGAACAAGGAUCAGAAUGACUUCCCCAGGCUGUACAGCCACCUGAACACGGAGAUUCGUGGACUGAAGCUCGAAAAACGGCGGGACCGAGCAAAUUUCGAGCAGCUAUCGCAUAAUGCACAGAGUCAGGUUGCCGAGAACGUGCGCCUGAGGGCGCUGGUACAGAAACUCCAGUCAGAGAACAGAGAUCUCAAGGACAGAAGGAAAGCAUCAGUGGCGAAUGAGGAAGUACUAGAUACCCCGGUUGCAGUCAAUAGCAAAGGCGAUCGAAAACCGACGCAGCAGAAGGCCGUGUACGGAACUCAAAGACUACCAUCAAAGCCUCAACCAGUUUUGAAGGCUAAAAGUGAGCAGAAUGGUAAAGCCGCUCCAGCGACAACCCAAGCUGCAAAACCGGCACCGAAAGGCCCGAAGGACCCGUCUGCAUACGAGGAGGACUUUGAUGACGAGGAACCAAGUGAUGAGGGGGACGGGUACGAUGAUGACUUUGCGAGCGAAACAGGUUCAGCGCAUUCCGGCUCCGACUUGGCUUCUUCAUUCAUGGCAUCGUCGCCGUCGAGGAAGAGCAUACCACUGGGAACCGUGCGCUGAAGUGUUCGAGAGGGGUCAUGUAGGCCAUAUGUCACAAGGAAGCCGUUCAACAAUGUCGGCGCGACGGGGAGGGGCCGCAGAUAUGCUCCUGAAGAGACGACAACCAGCUGAUGUUAUCGC